GGCCGCUCCCGGAAUUACUCCGGCUCCAGUCACAGCGGAGAGGGGGCCCCAGCCAGAUUUCUAUGAGCUGCAGAGUCAAUAAAGAAAUGUCCAUCCUAAAGUGAUGCUUGCACCUCAUUGACUUGACUACAGCGUUUUCAACAGAAAUUGAAUAUGGCCUAGUAGGAUUGACCUUUGGAGAAUUUAUGAUGUCCUCCAGUACUAGUAGAAGCAAGAACCGGCAGGCUGUGAGCCUGCAGGGAGUUGACCCAGAAACGUGCAUGAUAGUGUUUAAAACGCAUUGGGGACAGGUUGUAAAAAUCUUAGAGAAGCAUGACCCUUUGAAAAAUACUCAGGCGAAAUAUGGGGCAAUUCCACCAGAUGAGGCCAGCACUGUGCAGAAUUAUGUGGAGCAUAUGCUUUUCUUAUUAAUUGAGGAGCAAGCAAAAGAUGCUGCAAUGGGGCCUAUCCUUGAGUUUGUGGUCACAGAGAACAUAAUGGAGAAACUCUUCCUUUGGAGCUUGAGGCGGGAGUUCAACGAUGAGACAAAAAUUGAGCAGCUGAAGAUAUACGAGAUGCUGGUUACUCAGUCCCAUCAGCCUGUGCUGCACCACAAGCCCAUCUUGAAGCCUUUGAUGAUGUUGCUGAGCUCUUGCUCAGGAACAGCCACACCAGCUGUGGAGUUGGAGCUGGCUGUCCUGCUGAACCAACUCUGCUCUAUCCUAGCCAAAGAUCCUUCCAUUCUGGAACUGUUUUUCCACACCAGCGAGGACCAGGGAGCUGCCAACUUCCUCAUUUUUUCCCUUUUGAUUCCCUUCAUCCAUCGGGAAGGAACAGUAGGUCAGCAGGCUCGUGACGCUCUGCUCUUCAUAAUGUCCCUGUCAGCUGAGAACAACGUUGUUGCAAAUCACAUAGUAGAAAACACCUACUUUUGUCCUGUACUGGCAACAGGACUGAGUGGUCUCUAUUCAUCUUUGCCUACAAAGCUGGAAGAAAAUGGAGAAUGGCACUGUCUGCUGAAAGAUGACUGGCUCCUGUCCCCAGCUCUUGUUCAGUUCAUGAAUUCCCUAGAGUUUUGCAAUGCAGUAAUACAGGUGGCACAUCCCUUGAUUCGUAACCAGCUUGUGAACUACAUUUACGAUGGGUUUUUGGUGCCAGUAAUGGCUCCUGCACUCCAUAAGGUGACUGUGGAGGAGGUAAUGACUACAACUGCAUACCUGGAUCUCUUUUUGCGCAGUGUUUCAGAGCCAGCUCUACUCCAGAUUUUCUUGCGUUUCAUCCUGCUGCACCAGCAUGAGAAUGUGCACAUCCUAGAUACGCUCACGAGCCGAAUCAACACUCCAUUUCAGCUCUGUGUGGUAUCUUUGGCAUUGUUCAGAACACUCAUCGGCUUACAUUGUGAAGAUGUGAUGUUACAGUUAGUUUUAAGAUAUCUGAUCCCAUGUAAUCACAUGAUGUUGAGUCAAAGAUGGGCUGUGAGGGAAAGAGACUGUUAUUCAGUAUCUGCUGCUAAACUGCUUGCUUUGACCCCUGUCUGCUGCUCUACUGGGAUUACGCUGACUGUUGAAAACCAAGCAAAAGAUUACAUUUUAUGGACAAAGGCCACACCCGGUGCAGGUUCUUGCAUAGGCUAUUGCGAAUCCAUGUGCAUUGUGAAAUACGGAAGAGCUGUGGACAUCAGUUACCUGCAGUACCUGUGGGAAGCUGAAGCCAUCAUUCUCCACUGCAUGAAAGACUGCCGGGUUUGGUCUGCCCCAUACAAUGGGGAAGACCCUGACCCAGACACCUUUAUCCAAACGCUGGCAGAGGAGAACAGUAAAAAUGUGGAGCAUCCUAUGUUCCAACUCCAGCAGCGAACUUCCAGUAACGGCAGCUCCUCUCAAAUUACUCCACUGGGAGAGAAGAUACAGUUGGAGCUGGAAUGGGAUGACAGCUACGACACAGGGAUUUCUCCUGGGUCUGAUGUGAGCUCACCCCAGCCUUAUGAUGAUCUAGGGACUGUAGAGAGACAACUGCCUGCAGAGCCACCAAAGCACAUUCAAGAGAUGAAGAAGAAUGCAAUCAUGCUUGUCAAAGGGUCUUACAUAGAAGAAUCAGAUUUUCAGGAUGAUGUCAUGGUUUACAGGUUAUGUGCCCAAAAGGAUGCUCAGGAUGAUGACAAUUCCAAGGAGGAAACUUUAAGUACAGCAACUGAAUCUCAAAACACAAUUCAAAGCCAGCCCAUUAAGAGGUCUUUGAAAAACUCGCAUCCAGACACCGAUUUAAAGGAACACAAUAGGAAAAAUUCUGGUUUGCCUCAGGAUACAAAGGAACAAAUAAACCAGAAAGCUGUUGAAACAGACCCACAACCAGACUUAGAGCUGAAACUCUCUCCUCCAGAAGCAGAUCAAAACUCAAAUGUGAGGCUGCUGAGCCCAGAUAGUGAAGAAUUCAUUGCACAAUAUGAAAAAAUUAUUGAAGAACUGGAUUCUAACACAACAGGCUUGGAGGAGCAGAAAUUGCUGACACCUGAUCCUGUAUCUCCCGUAGAAGAGGAGGAGGACUUUGAAAAUUUUUCAGUGGAAACACCCUCUACAGAAAGUACACUGUCUCCAUUUGGGCCAAAGGAGGAUACGUUUUCCAACCAUCCUGCAAGGAGCCAGAAUGCUGCAUUUACAGGGCCAUUUAUCAGCGUAGUGCUGUCAAAGCUGGAGAAUAUGUUGGAGAAUUCCUUGCAUGUUAACUUGCUGCUCAUUGGGAUUAUUACUCAGCUGGCCAGUUACCCACAACCGCUUCUUCGUUCUUUUCUGCUCAAUACCAACAUUGUAUUGCAGCCUAGCGUACGGUCAUUAUAUCAGGUGCUGGCAUCUGUGAAAAAUAAAAUAGAGCAGUUUGCAUCCAUCCAAAAAGAUUUUUCAGGUCUUCUUAUACAGGCCCAGCAGUACUUGCUUUUCCGAGCGGACAUGUCUGAUGUGGCUCCAGAGUUACUAACCAAAGAGAACAUCCAGCACAGCAGCAGCACAGGGAAAGGAAGAAAUCUUUCUGAAGCUUCCCAAACCCUGCUCCAGCCUUUCUUGGGACACAGAGCAAAGAGAGUAACGGCUCUUCCUGGCAUUCCCUUGCCUGUGAGGAAUGCCGUGCUUGCAGCUGCCCUUUUCCCAGAGUUUCUGAAGGAGCUAGCAGCUCUUGCACAGGAACAUUCCAUCCUGGGUUACAAAAUACCGGGUGAUGUUGACGAUUAUUACUAGUGUCAUUAAGAUUUUUUUUCCUAAUAGAAUUAGAUUUUUAAAUGCAAAGCUGCUUACAAAAGAAAGUUCUACUUUGAUACUUCCUGACAAUACUUGAUCUGUUACCUUUAUAUUGGGCCUUAUGACUUCCAACUGUGCAACAUACUAAUAUGAUAGAUUCCUGAGGGGCUCUGUUAUUUCAAAUGUGUACCCCUCUUCCGUUGUGCAUCUACACAACUUCCUUUACCUCAAUGCUCCAGUUUUCAAUUCUGGUCUAGAAAAGUGGGUUGCCCAGUGGGAGAAAUAUCUGAUAUGUAAAUAUAUCUGAAAACUGCACAAAAUUGGUCAAAUAAGCCUUCUGUGUUAAAGGCCAAGAUUUUGGGGGGAGGGAGGGUGUUGUUUGCUUUAUUUUUAAAAGGGGAGUCUACAGUCCCAUCUCUGAAAUCCCCUUUACCAAUGGCUGGGGUUGUGAAUCCAAGUGGUCUCAUGUGUUCUAAGUGCAUGACUAGCUGAAAGCAGGUGCUGUACCCAACACAUACCGUAUUGCCUUAUGUUGCAUACAAAUCUGCAGCUCUCAGCUGUUGAUCUUUUGAAGUCAAAUGAAAUGUAUAAGUGGAUGUAGACUGCAGACUGCUUGGAAUUUUCCUUGCAGUUUCUCAGCGUUCUUUGAUAAUUAUUAUAGUGCUACCUAAAAUCUCAAGCAAGCCUUAUUUAGUAAGAUUUGCACAAAGUACAAAGCGAAAUGUUUCUAUGCAAGGUCUAACAAAUUUGUAGAAGAAAUUUGUUUGUGUUCUUCUAUUGAUAAGCUGAAGAAAAGUAUUCAGUAUCUUUCAGUAGUGUUAAAAGGGCGACUCCGUUAAGUACUGCUUUUUAUGAAAAAGGACAGCUUGCCUCUGAAAAGGGGUUUUAAUUUUUUUUAAAUGUCAUUUUGGUUAAGGAAAAACAAAAUGGCUACAUGUAAAGAGAAACUAGUUAUUUAUUUUUAAGUUAUGUGCUAGCUUUGCCUAAUAUUGCACUUUCAGGGUAAUGGGGAGGAAUGUACAGUAGUUGGAGAGGAAAAAGUAACAGGGAUAACUGAAAACUGUUUGCUAGUGACUAACUGCUUAAGAAAAUUCUCUUCUGUGAGUAAUGAGGUUCAUUAGAAGAACCCAAACAUGAUGAAUUGGUGCAUCACCGCUGCAUUUCGUCUUACUCUUAGUGGCAUAAUUGUGCUUCCAGUGCUAUACUUUGCUCUACGUGAAUGGGGGCUCAGUUCAUGAAAGCCUUAAUGCUUCCCCUUUCUACUUCAAGGAAACUAAAACAACCCAAAAGCACUGGAAACUGGAGGUAAGAAUGAUAUUAAAGCAGUUUUUGUUAUGCUGCUGGUUAUAAUUCCCCAAUACUGAAAAGCCCCAUUUUAUAACUUCCCCAAUUUCAAACAUGUUAUCUCCACUUAAGGAAUGUAAAUGAAAAGCCUAUAAAAAGAAAGAUCAGGUAAAAUUUUGUAAAGUACCUAAGUGACUUAGGAGCUGAAGUCCCAUUAACUUGGUCACAGGGGGUAUGUCUACAUAGUAGUUAAACACUUGCAGCUGGCCGAGGCUUGGGCUGCAGGCUUACAAAGUUGCUGUGUAGAUGUUUGGGCUUUAAGUUAAGCCUGAGCUCUGGCUCGGGGGGGGG